AUGGUACUCUGCAAAUUACUGUCACCAUGUUCGUCAUUGUUAAUUUUGAGCGUCGGUGUGUUCACGGCGACGGCGGCGCCAUCGCCCGGCAUCCAAAUGACGGAAAAUACAAAUGAAAAUCACCACGAGCACAUCAAGCGUGGAGGAACAUGUAAGUUCCCAAACUACGAUGGGAUGGUUGCAGUGCAGGAAGACGGGGACAAUGCCGGGUGGGCUAUGAGCCCUGAUCAAGAAUGUUCCUAUGGUUCGUGGUGCCCCUACGCGUGCAAACCGGGCCAAUUAAUGGGACAAUGGGACCCUUCGGCCACUACGUACUCUUACCCAAAGUGUCAGAACGGUGGGUUGUACUGCGACUCCAACGGUAAUUUACAGAAGCCAAACAGUGAUAAAGAUUACUGCUACGAGGGGAAGGGCACUGUAGUCGCCAAAAACAAUGCCAACAGCGGAGACGUUGCAUUUUGCCAAACCGUGCUUCCGGGAAACGAAGCCAUGUUGAUUCCAACUUUGGUUGGUUCCGGUUCCAAGCAAACAAUAGCCGUACCUGGUACAGACUACUGGGCCUCCACGGCGUCGCAUUACUACAUCAAUGCGCCCGGUGUAAGCGUGAAGGAUGCGUGCCAAUGGGGCAGCACCGCUAACCCAUAUGGGAACUGGGCCCCAUACGUAGCGGGUUCGAACAUGGAUGACAACGAAAACACUUUUGUCAAGAUCGGUUGGAACCCGGUCUACCUGGAAUCUUCAUGUCCUUUCAAGAACGUGAAGCCCUCUUUCGGUAUCAGGAUUACGUGUGACGACGAAUCACAGUGUGAAGGUCUGCCAUGCUCCAUCGACCCAAGCUCCAACGAAGUCAACGAAGUGACAAGUGCUGGCGGCGGUUCCACCGGGGCUGGUGGUGGGAACUUCUGUGUUGUCACCGUCAGAGACGGCGGCAAGGCUAACAUCGAAGUAUUUGAUACUUCCUCUUCUUCUAAAAGCAAGAGAGAAGUGAACUCGCCAGACAGUCUCACCACAACAAUCACUGAGACCGUUUAUGAGACUGUUACUGUAACUGCAAAGGAUUAG